CAGCGAACAAACUCGAUUCACGGUUUAAUAAUCAUAGCAAGAUAUAGUCUCCGCUCAAGGCAUGACGAUAGAAGCGUCCAUCGUCUCACACUUGGGUCAACACCUCAGCUUUGCGAGACCCUCCGUCUCGGUCUGAAACGGAUCGAAACAUGUCCAACCGUAACAAAUCCCACGCUGGGGGUUGCACUCGUCGCGAAGACCCGAAUGGCACCGGGUGCCGGCGACUCAGGCAUGGAUCAUGCACUGUUCAGCGAUGGCACGAUGGAAAGUUCCAAGGGAGUCUCCGUUUCGAUUAGUUUGAAACGGACUCUUAUCAAAUUACAUGUCGAUCGGAGGCAAGCAGUAGGGGUUCUCCCCGAUUGCUUUCUCCGCAUCGCCGUCUCCGCCUCCGCAUCUCCCCUUUUUCCCUCCCCCGCCCGACGGUGUUGGUCCCGGCGGUGCACCGUGCCCGGCCGCCGGUGUUGCAGUCUCCACCUCAUUCGGGGGAAAUGGAGGAAGGGAAAAGCCAAAAAAACGGCGACAUGA